GCGACGCGUGGACGGUGAUGUCUCUGCGGUUUCUGCGCGGCUUCGGUUGCGGAUACGUAAUUACUAGUUAGUACAUAUACGUUGAGCAAGGCUUGAGAAUUCCACAAACAUUACCAAGAUGACAUCCACUGAGCAGCUCGGCACAGCCCUGCAGGAAGAGUUGGACAGGGCAAAGACAAAUCUUAAGGGAGUGCAUGAGACCUUGCAAAAAUUUCUGGGCAGAGACCCAACAGAACCAAGGCCGAUCCGACGGAGAAUCUCGGCGCCCGGGACCCGGCCGGCCGAUGAGAGCAGUGGCAGGCUGUUCGCCGAGGGCCGCGGCGAGCUCGUCGGCCGGCCGUAUCCGGACUCCCGCGGCGAGCCGGGCGGUAGACCGCUGCCGGACGGCCGCGGCGAGCUCAGAGGCCGGCACUUCCCGGAGGGUCGCGGCGAGUUUGGCGGGAGGCCGUUCACAGACGGCCGCGGCGAUUUUGGUGGCAGGCCUUUCUCGGAUGGCCGCGGCCGUCGCCGGGACAGAUUUGAUGGAGAUCCUCCCAGAGGGGAUGAGAUAGGACCUCCAGCUAAACGGCGCAUUACAGAGGAAGCCAAUGGCAGGAUCGGCAUCAAGGUCAUCGGGCCCCGACUGAAGAGGGCAAGUGUCAGUGAUGAGGAGCCGGAGCCCAGGCCGUCCGUGCCAUCGCACGUGAUCCCCGGGCCACGACCGGCCGGCGCGCGCGAGCCGCCCGACCCGGCCGACGACGGCCGCUCCCGCCAGGCGGCGCUGCAGGAGCGCAAGUCCGACAAGGAGAACAUCGGCAGGAGCCGGCGCAUGUUCGGCGCCCUGCUCGGCACACUGCAGCGCUUCCGACGCGACGAGGUCAAGCAGAAGGACAAGGUGGAGAAGCGGGCCGAGAUCGAGCGGCGCCUGGAGGACGCCGCCCGGCGAGAGAAAGCCCAGCUACGCCAGCAGCGCUCGGACAUGUUCGCAGAGCGGAAGCGCAAGCAGCAAGAGGUGCGGCUCAUCGAGCUGAAGAUGGCCCGCGUCAAGGAGGAGGAAGGCUGGGAAAACCAUCACAAGCGGCUGAUGAACUUCAUCCGCACGUCGGGCAAGGGCCCGAACAUCUUCUUCCUGCCAAAGCUGCCGCACCCGAACUCAGACGCGCUUCUGGUGCGCACACAGAAGGAGCUGGCCAAAUCGAUUGAGGAGCGCCGCCGCAAGCUGCAGGACGACCUGGCGCUGUUUGACGCUCGACUGCACCGGCUGCAGGACCCGGGCGCCGCCGCCGCCGCGCCGGACGGCGGCGGCGACCAUUACGAUGACGAUCAGGAGGACGAGGACGAGGAUGAGGAGAGUGCCACCGCCGGCGUUGUCAGCUCCGUGGUUGUGCCCCGCGGAGCCGGCGCCGAACAGCAGACCUCGCAGCGGCAGGACGACGAGAACCCUCCUGAGCACGAGGAUGGUCGUCCUGAGCUUGAGGAAGACAUGGAGGAGGAUAGUCGACCUAAGCAAAGACAGGAUGUGGGUCGACGCCCGAAGUCGGAAAAAGGGGAGCGUUCUCCGGACCCUGAGAAGGAGGACAACGGCGGUCACUCCGAGUCAGAGGAACACCGAGACGAACCGAUGGAGGACGACCGUGCGGAGCGGAUGGAAGAGGCAGAUGGCGCUGAGACGACAGAGGCAGAUGGCCACCGCGGUCAGAAGGAAGGUUCCGGCGGCCGGCGGGUCGGCCCGGAGCCGGCGCGCCGCCGCUCGGCCAGAAGUCCUACCCCCGAACCGACAGCUGAAGGUGCGGUCGCCGCCGAGCCGGCAGCGCCCGGCGACGAGGCCCAGUCGACCGUCGGCGCUGACGAACCGGCGGCGGCGGCGGCGGCCGUCACCGCCGACAACGCUGAGCCGACGGACAAAGGGGCGUUUCCGGCCGGCGCCGGCGACCCGCCCGGCUCGCAGUCGGAGUUGGCAGCGACGGUCGCCACCGACGAGGCAGAAGCGGCGCCGGUGGCGAAGAAGGAGCCGGGUGCCGCGGACAAGUCGAGCGGCCGCCGGGACGGCCGAGAGACCAGCAGCCUGUGCUGCCGGCCCGGCGUCAGCGCCACUCAGCUGGUCACGUGCCGUGGUUGCUGA